CCCAACUGUCCGUCUCGACGCGUUAAUCCGUCCUGAAUUUUCACAACGGAAGCCUGCCGCUACGUGACAAGUCGACCCCCUCUGUCUGUUUGGUUCAAGGGCUGCACGCCGCGGUCGAUAUGGUCUUCCGCACGCACGCCCUUUGGCUCACGCUUGUCUCAAGCAUCCUUGCGCCUGUCUCCCUCGCCCGUAGCCUGGGCCCGAGAGACCCGGUUCCAGCGGGAUACUAUGCUGCCCCUUACUAUCCGGCGCCCCAUGGCGGCUGGCUGGACUCGUGGAAGGAAGCCUACGCAAAGGCCGAGGCCCUGGUGUCCCAGAUGACGCUGGCCGAAAAGACAAACAUCACGUCCGGAACGGGCAUGUUCAUGGGUAAAUAUCCGUCUCACAAUGCCGUCCAUUUCUCACUUACCAUAUGCUAAUAAUCUGACCAGGGCCCUGUGUGGGAAACUCCGGAAGUGCCGACCGCCUUGGUUUCCCUCAGCUCUGUCUCCAGGACUCGG